GUCCGAGCCGCGGAAUAAUUCGGAGCAACGACGCUUCCCCUCGCUUCCUUCCACGAAAACGGCCUCCUAUUAUUAGGCUGCCGUUGAAUACCAGACGACCGCAAUAAGCAAAACUACCAAUUCCAAAAAGGGAAAAGAAAAGAAAAAGAAAGGAGAAAAGGAACAAGUGGUGUUUUGACCGGUUGAGGCGAGGCGAGAAGUGGCCGACCAACCAAGUGCGCAAAGACUGACAGAGCAAGGAAAAGAGAGCACGGGAACCAGACAGACGGACAAACGCGGAUAGGAGUAGAAACAGACGAAAACAGCGGCGUACGGUACAUUUCGGUGGAAAUGAAUGGACGCGGUAACUACGAGGGCAUCCCAUCAAGAAGGAACUUCGACUGAUUCUAGACAUUAAAUGUACCCUCAGGAAUUCAGGUUUCGCCCGAGGCUCUCGCGAAUCUGGGAUGGCUUCGAGCAAUGAUGAUAUCGGAUUAAGCCCGGCUAACAAGUUCGCCGACGUUCUAUCGUCCGUAAAAGUAGAUAGGUUUUAAAUCGAGUCUUGCCCUGGGAACAAGGCAACGUUGUAACGCCGUUACCACGGCGAAAAUAAUCCGAGGCUUAUUGAAUCCCGAUGAUAUAUAAUGGAAGUACACGAGCCGAAGCGGUAAUAGUUGGUCGUGUGUGUGUGUGUGUGUGUGUGUGUGUGUGUGUGUGGAGGGCACCUCUCUUCUACUGUAUAACGAAAUAGAGGAAAACCAAGGGUGAAGGGGUCAGCUCUAGUAUUAUACGCUGCAUAUGCCUGUAUUGAAAGUUGAAAGAGAGAGAGCAAUAGCAGCGGUAGUUAACAGCAGCAGCGGGCACACAAAGAGUACAGUUAACAGUAGCCAGUCCUCUCUUAAUUUCCAACUUCCAUUCAGCCGUGUGGAGACUUGGUUUUAUAGAGAACUCUCUUCGAAAAUGUAAAUAUAUAUAUAUAUAUAUAUAUAAUUAUAUAUAUACGUACGCAUAUACCAAUAUAACUGACGAGGAGAGUGAGAGUGAGAGAAAGAGAGAGAGAGAGAGAGAGACUUAAAAACGUAGGAGAAAUCCAACUGUUCGGCGGACGAAGUAAAUUGACCACGAAACUGCUUCCAAAGAUCAGGCCAGUGAUAUAGUUACUAUCUGAAAGGGUGGAAAUGCAACAGAUGCCGUUGAUAAGCAACGGUGUAGCAACAGGGGGCUCCGGCAAGAACGUAUAAACUAAUAAAGCCCGUUGUCGCAGUCGCCUCGCCGCCGCCGUUGUCGUACAACAUUUAGGAAUGUAAUAUUCGACUUGGGUUGCACACCACCCCGUCAGACAGGUCUCAUUCUUGGUCCCUGGCAACUGCAACAUCGAUAAAGAAGUUACUCAAGAACGCACCGAUCAAGAGGGCCGAGAAUAUAUAGGGAUUCAUUAGAGGAAGAUACAUAGACGUCUUCACAAGUGUCCUUAGAACGUUGAGUGCGUGCGUGCGUGCGUCAGCAGCAAACUCUCUCGUUUCCUAUUGUUGGUUAUGGAAUGAACCGAUGCCCAGCUGAAUUCUCCAGCUGUCAGUGCUUCAGGUUCUAUUACUGUCAUCGAGCAUUAUCAUGACCCCGAUGAUGCGGCUGCUCCUGUCGACGUUGCUGCUGGUACUGUCCUCCUGCUCGAUCCUUCUUUGUUCAGCGAGCGGCGAUGGUGGACCGAAUAGCGCGAUCUUCAACCUGGACAACACCGCGCUGGAGAAGAAUCUCGCGGCGAUAUUUAACAAAGUGGCGCACAGCUCGGCGACCACGAAACGCAGCGUGCCCGCCUACGACGCGCAAGUUUCGGCCAGUACAACGUUGUCGACGGUGCCGUCACCACUGACCACCACCACCACCACCACCACCACGACGACGAGUCCGUCAAUACCAUCCGUCAGAUAUCCUCCUGUUCCUCGGGCGACCAUGUCGCCGGCCUUCCGCGAAUUGCCUUCGUACGCUCCACCUUCUCGCGCUCUCUUCACGCCUCCUCUGCCGCCCGAGUACCUUCAUCCGUUUGCGAACAAGCCAACGUUGAGGGGAACCAACUCGGACGUCCAUUCGGGUCUGAAAAGACCGGUACCACCGCCGAGCGGCACGCCGGCUCACGAGAGGAUACCUAUCAGGCCUCCCGAUCUUCAGGGUCCCUCUCAGAUGCCGGAGAGGCACUCUCAUUCUAGAAACAAACCGUUAAACACACCGAGCAAGGAGCAGAACGUGGUGGAGUCGAGCGAAUUGGACAGGAGGAACAGUACCAACGAGUUUGUGGCCACUCUGCAUUAUCCGAGCAUCUCGAGGAUAUUGUCGGGCAGCAAUGGCCGUAAGCAGGAUAUCCCGGAGAUACUUUUGAAGCCUCUGGCAACGAAAAAUCCGGCACAGAACACGCCAGUGAUGCCAACCACUGAGAAGAUGACAACGCCGUCUACAACCACGGCCAGGACGUCUAGCACGCUAGACUCGGCCAAGUCUGUCACGCAACCGACGAUUUUCAAUCUGCCAAACACCAGGAGGCACGACGACGACAGUUAUCACGGCUUGAGGAACGAGAACGGCUUCAAGACGGAGAACAUUGAGAUCGUUGACACGGAGAGGCUUCCGUAUCCUCAGCCACAACCCCCUGCUCCACCUCCCAAGAGGCCGAACGAGGCUGGCGACCGUAUCGUACCGCAAGUAGACACGCAUCCCCUCGAAUCCACCUGGCGAAUCGCUUGGUUCCUCCACGUGUACGUCGCCGCGAUCAUGUUCACGCUAAUGGCUCUAUACUCGAUCUACAAGAUCGUUCGUUUCAACGAAGCAACGAAUCUGCUCACCCAGUCGUACUUCCUCACCGUUCAUCUGCUUCUCACGACCGUCUGUACCUUAAGGUGCUUUCACCUGUUCUACGACGCUUACAACCUAGGCCAUUCACUGCCCGAACCUUUGUCCCGGGUGCUCAUGUAUCUGCCGGCACCGUUGUUAUCCAGCGCGUUUGCCACUUUGGUGCUGUACCUAGCUCGUUGCUCGGAAGCACCGUCAUUGAACAACAGGUUUCUGUCACCGGCCGCGCUGGUGUUGUCGUCAACGGUUCAUAUAGUCCUUUGCGUCUCCCUGCACGUGUCCACGCACGUGCUUGGCUAUCAGGACGAGGCGAAGAUACUACCGUUGAUCUGCCAGUGCAUUUACAUCAUCGUUUGCGUGAUGCUCGGCUUAGGUUACAUGUACGUCUACCGGGUGGUACGCUCGCAGAUCCUCCUAACGAACAACAAGACGGCAGGGACGAAUCACAUAGUCGGUGCCGAUCCUACCACGAUGGCCUUGAGCACCGCCAUCACCACCAGCAUCGCUACCGCUUUGUUCUUCAUACUGAUGGGAUUCGUCCAACUGUACGGGAUAUUCGGCAAUGUCCAGGAACGACCACAAUCGUAUCCAUGGCUAUGGUGGGGCUGGCAGUUCUCCGUUAGACUACUCGAACUGGCGGUGUGCGGUCUACUCGCCUGGGUGGCCAGUCUAUCCCAGUACCCGUUGCGAGAGAAACAGCUGCAACAACACCCGGUUCAUUCUGGCUUCGCCCUGUUUCCAUGCGGUAGCUCGACCUCCACCGAGAAUAUGGACGACGUGCUUUACCCAGCUAUCUGCAGCACCAACCAGGCGAUCCAGAACUACACGAUGAGAACUGGGAAACAGGUUUACGACGAUAGCUUCCCGCUGAACACACUGCCCGAGCAUUUGAACAUAUCAGGUACUUUUGAGAGGCAUUCCAUUCGCAAGUCAGGCACCAUGGGCCAUUUCCCACAUGAGGGUCGCGGUUCGUUAAACCGGCAUGGUAAUGGGAUACAAACUCUAAGGAACUCGGAAAGUCGCGGCAGGCACACGCCUGUGCAGCAAGGAAGUGGCGGCGCUGUCCACGAGCAAACGCCGACCACAGGCUCGACGAUGCUCGUCGCCGAGGAUGGAUUCGUCAGGUUUCGUAGCUUAGGGGCGGAGGACGACGAACUGUCGGACACACCGAGUGUUGUUGGCACCCACGGUAGAGGAAGUUCGCUGGCCGGAAGCGUGAGAUUCAACGCGAGACACCCAACGCUGCAGCAUCAGCAUCCUCAUCAGCACCAGCAUCAACACUCGCUGCAACAUCCGCAUCAGAGUCAGCACCAGGCUCACCACCAGUUGUACAUCAACACGUAAAAGUCGUAUCGUUCCAGGCGUUCCAGAUUGUAGACUUCUUGUUCCCGGUUGACUCGAUUACGGUCAGGGAGGAUUGUCAACGAAGAUAUAAGGAUAUGUUCCGUGGCUGUCUCUCUCUCUCUCUGGCAACUAAUGGUCUAAACAAACUCUGAAGAAACUAAUUUUACCUUUAACCUUUAUGUAAGAUACGUCCUUGUGCAUAGACAAAAUCUUCAAGCGAAAAAUGAAAAAAAAAGAAAAAACAGAAAAAAAAUAUGAUGAAUUCGCCAUUCGCAUUCUUCCGCUUCGCGUCUGCGUGUCCGAGCCGGCGAACCUUUGCUGUUCAUGGUAUUUCGUAAUAUUUAUUUCGAGGCUCUCGAUCAAAGAGGCGGAGAAAAGAAAAGAGAAAAGGAAUAAUAACGAAGAUUAGAAAAGAUAGACGAAAAAUGUAUACGUGGAACUCUCGGUAACACAGAGUUUCUUUCCUCUACCUGUUAACGUGGGUAGUGUUCAGGGUAUCUCGAACUUCGACAUUAGGGGCACUUGGUACUUAUUUAAGGCUCAUGUGAUCUAAACGAAUACGAUCGUAUAUCGUCAUCGAAAUGAAGAUGAAAAGGAGGACUUGUAGCAGGCAAUGCUUUCUUUCGUUUUUUCCUUCUUCGAGUAGCGAGACAAACUCGGCUGUGGAAACGUAUCGGUGUAACAUGUGAUUCAGUGAUGAAUACCUGGCGUAUGUGGUCCCGUGGAUGAACUACAGGCACGCCAUCUAGUAAUUUAAUUUUUCUCACUUUAUACAACUGUUUUUGGUUUUUAAAAACCUCUUGUCAUUGCUGCAAACUCGUGGUUGACAGGCCGUUGUUUUGACCCGACGGGCUAAAUCUCCCGAUGAGAUACUCGAAUUGUUGUUCCAGAUCGUUAAGUUUUCACUAGCGAAAAUGAACCGCGCGUUUGUACAAAUUUAAGGUACUCGACACACCAUUUUUAUCACCUGUUUCAACCGAUACGCGUGUAUCCUUCCUCGAGAUUUUGCGCGCACGAGAUUCCACUGCGUACUUGCUUUUGCGAUAUCGACAGGAAGUAUAUUUUAUAAUGAAGAGUAAAAGCGAAAAAAAAAAAAUGUUAAAAAAGUUAAAAAAUGGAAACUUAUUCACGUGGUCCAAGUAAGAUGAACGAAAAAAAAAAAAAAAACGAAACGAGACUCGAGAGGGUUUGUAGUAGUUCUACGAAAGAAGAAGAAAAAAAAAAUAACAAUAAUUCCGAGCGAGUAAGUAGAAAAAUGUAAAUUCUCCUUCCUUCUUCUUCUUCUUUUUUUUUUUUUAUUUUCGUUGUCAAGUUGAAAGGAAGCGAAGUAAAAGGAAGAAGAAGUGUCUUGUUUGUGAACAAGAAGAACCGAGGAUACGACGAAGUUGUGAUGAAGUUAAAAAUAAAUGAAAACGAAAAGAAAAGGAAAGAAAAAAAGACUAACGGCGUUGUACAGUCGAUAAUAAUUUAUCACUCAGUCCAAUUGUAAGAUUGAUUUAGCAGUUAAGGGUUGGAUUAAGAAUUCCCUGUUACAUAUUAAGUUACGUCGAUGUAGCCGGUAGAUGCUACUGCGCUCGUAGAGACGGAUAUCAGCGAUUUCUGUUAAACGAAUUCAAUGUCGAGCGACAAGCACGAUGUAACGAUGUUUCCUCUCCGCGUCGGAGACACCACAUACGAAGGAUUGAACUUCGCGCACAGGCCAGCAUAUUUUCUUCUGUUCCCUUCCACUGUCUAUUUUCCUCCUUUUUUUUCCUUCCUCUCUCUCCCCUCUAUUAAUUCCUCUGUGCUUAAUCCACUUAUUCUUUCCAUAUUCUUUCUUCUUUUCCUUCUUCUUCUUCUUUUUCUUCCUCUUUCUUUUUUGAAGUCAUCUUAUUUUAUGUAUAAGUACGCGUUCCUUUCGCAUUGAACCUACGGUACAAAACAGUACUUUCUACCUUCUUCACUUCGUAAUAUCGGUAAUAGGUUAAAUAAAGCGGUCAGCGCAGUGUAUAUGUUUAUAUGGACAUUGUAAAUAAGGUAUACGAGCUCGUCGUGAGUAGAUAUAUAAAUUUGUUGCGAUAGAAUCUCUGUGCAGAUUCUAUCCAACGCGCACCGAGGUUCACGUGCAAACAGACAUUAAUACAUGCGCGCACCAGCGCGUGCUUCGAGUAUUCACGUACACACCGAUCAUACACGUAAAACAUGUUCAUUACACAUGACAUACACACACACACACACACACACAUAUACACAUACCUAAUCUCUAUCCCCCUCCCUCAUAAUUCUCAGUUGUAAAUGCAAGACUUGUUUUUAAUUUAUGUCGAAAGCUGUAUUUAUUAUGUGAAACAUUCCACAGCAAGAUGGCGAUCAAUGUGAAUGCGAUUUUGUGGGAUUUUAUUGCGAUUUUAGAUUAAAGGAAAAAGCAUAGCGCUGAAGAAAGAGGAACAAAUGUAAAUAAAAGCUUUUUUGCGAAA